GCUCAUCCCUGGGAGUUCAUUCCUGUUCUACAUCAAACGAAUAGACCUGACAAGCUAACACCAAUCGCCAGGUCUAUCCACCUCCUCACAGACUCUAGUGGCGACGGCUUUCAAAGAAGUUUAUGCAAUGGUGACAGCGGAGAAUCCACUUGCAGUGAAAAAAGACGUCGAAGUCGCACUAAUUUCACGAGUCACCAGCUUGCUGAGUUGGAUGCCAUGUUCUGCACAAGUCACUAUCCUGGGGUCCGCAGCCGAGAGGACAUCGCCCAGAGGCUGGGUCUUUCUGAAACCAGCGUACAGGUCUGGUUCCAGAAUCGGCGGGCCAAAUGGCGAAAGAGAGAAAAUACAAAGAAAGGCCCUGGACGGCCGGCACACAAUGCUUAUCCGUUAACCUGCUCUGGUGAACCCAUCUCACCAACUGAACUCGAUCGUCGGAAGGCCGAAAUUCAGGAAAAACGUCGUGCUCGUCAGACCCAACGACUACUGCAUCAGGUUAGUAGGCUCUUUCUCCUGUUAAAAAAUCAUCACCUCUGCUACAUUAUAUACCUUAAUCAAAUAGAAGUCUCGCGAAGAUCUUCAAGUAUGCCCUAUAAACUCUUUUGA